AUGAGAGAGACAAUAUUAUCAUUGUGGAUUGCACCAGAUACAUCAAAGUUGGCUAAAUCUAUAUAUGAAUACUUGAAAUUGAAACAGGAUGCUAUAAUAUAUUAUAUAGAUAGUGUGAACUCAUUCCCUUUGAAUGAAUUAAGAGAAAUAACAUCAGUAAAUGAUAAUACGAUAUUUGAAAGAAUCCAUAUUGUGACCUGUCUUGAUUUGGUGGAAUUGAAACGAACAAUAAUGAAGAUAACAGAGGAUCCAAGGAACAAUAAUUGCAAAAUAAUGAUCCAUGGGAUUGAUACAAUGAUGAAUAAUUCGCGUAUUCAAAUAAGUAACCAAGAUCAAGUAUAUUCGAUAUUAAAUAAUAUAUUAUUGCAAUUAAGGAUAAAUUACAAAGGCAGUUUACUUAUUACUGGACCUCGAUUAAAGAAACGUCGAAUAGAAAGAAAUAAAAAUAAUAAAAAUAAUUUCAAUCAUAAUAAUAAUACUAGUGGUAAUGAUGGGUCACACAAUAUGUUAAUGAAUGAUGUAAUUGAGUAUAUUAAUAGGUUUUAUUGUGAUGAUGUUGUAUAG